AUGUCUGGCUUUUUUCGCAAAUUACUCCGCAGGGUGUUCCGCAGGAAGGCUAAACCUCGUCGCCGUCUACAGCCGCGUCCAGCUAUACAAUCGCGGCCCAUUCCACAUCUUCCACUUCCAGUCCUCACAGCGGAGGAUGGCAUUUUUGAAAAGCUGACCGUCUCAGGAAAAAAAUACGGCUUGUUUCAUCGUCUGCCUCUGGAAAUCCGUCGGAUCAUUCUCGCUGAAGCGUUCGGCUACCGCACCAUCCACAUUGACCUGGCCUUUGACCACCCGCUGGUAAGACGGCCGAGUCUCACAACUUCAACCAGCAGCUCGCCAGAUGACGCUCGACACUGUGGCCUCGGAAUCAGAUUAGUCCCGGACACGUGUCAGCCGAGGCGUUGGCAAUGGUUCGGCUGCGUAUGCCACCGACGCGCAGAGUGGACGGCCGCAGAGCGCGAGAAAAACUGGUGGAACCUUGGUAGCACGAUUGGGCUACAUGACGACGAAUGUAUCAAAGGCACCGUCUGCUGGUGCAAUACAGGAACGCAACAAGGUACUGGGAGCGACUCGUGCUUCAUUGGCAUCAUGGGCUGGCUCCUGUCAUGUCGCAGUGCUUGCGCCGAGGGCCUCGAGGCUCUCUUCUCGACUAGCACAUUUCACAUUUCCAGCUUGGACCUACUGCUUCACCUGCCCGAGUUGAUAUACCCUCGUUUCCUGCGGCAAAUUACCAGCCUUGAGCUUCUCUGGGGCGAUCACGAACGUUUCCUCGAUCAACAUCCCCUGGCCCAGGAGCUGUGGAAUCCAUCGACCGUGGAGCACGAAGAGGACAAGAUACUGCGUAAAUUGUGUCGAGGCAUCUCGGAAGCGUGCCCAAACGUUCAAAAACUACACGUCUGCAUACAAUUCUGGGUGGUACCAUCCGGAGACGAACAUCCCGAACAGGACCGUCUUCCAUAUUUUCAGCGCAACGUCUUGGGCCCCAUCGAAGACAUGCUGCGCGGUCUUGGGCCUAGAGAUGAAUUCAAUGUGACUAUUCCGGGCGGAGUAUGGCUUAUGCUCUUUCACGAUGAGUACGCUUUGCGAGGACACGAGCUAGUGUGUGAGUUGGAUACUCCAGUCACUGGACGCUUUCAAAAGUCGUUGCGGGGAAGCGGAUCGGAUGAUGAAGAGCUCAGCUAUUGGAUAUGCAGUGGUUGGAAUGAUAGACUGUUGCUGAUGCCCUCGCAUUACUCGGAGUAUGAUAGAUUUUGGGGCAGGCCACUGGCCUAA